AUGGCGGAACUUCCCAUUAAGAGAAGCGUUCUCGAAAGGCUAGCUUACGUCUUCACCAAAGAAUACACCUCUUACCGGACAAUCAAGAAGAACCCUGACCACUUGUACAACCUGCGCAAGAAAUCUGACGAAUCUAUUCGAGAUUACAUCAAGAGAUUCAAGGCAGAAAAGGCGAACAUUGUAGGAUGUGACGACCGAAUCACGUCCUCCGCUUUCAAGAAAGGCCUUCCAGCUGAGCACGACUUGUACCGCGAGUUGACUAUCACUCCCAGCCAGACUCUGGUAGAGGUCUACGCGACUGCGGAACGUUACGCGCUCUGGGAUGACGAUCGAAUCGCCGCAAAGAAGUCUACAAAGCAAAAAGAUCAGCCAACUAAGCGGGCAGGCCAAAGAGGCGACGGAAUUAAUAACCGGAAUAAGGACGAGCGCACCACCCACAAGGGGAGGCUACGGCAGGAGAGAACUACACCAAAACUCGUGAGAGAAGGUCACUGCACAAAAUUCAUUGCGAAGCAGGCCAUCCAACGAAUUGAAGAUCGAGACACCGCCAAGGAGCCGCCUCAGAAGGUCAUAAGGAUUAACACCAUCCUAGCCGACUCCGAGGAGUCUGGGCUGACCAGCAAGGAAAAGAAGAGGAAGAUCAAACAGGCCACUGGGAUCUCCCAAGUCUCGACCGACCUUCCACUAGCAGAGGACGAUCCUGUGAUCGGCUUCCAAAAGAAAGAUCUGAUCGGCCUCGACAUGCCACAUAACGACGCCCUUGUCAUCAGCAUUCAAAUCGCUCAGGCCAUGGUCGACCGAAUCCAUGCAGACGAGGGCAGCGCAGCCAAUAUCCUACAACUGACGGUCAUCCAACAGAUGGGCUUGGAGACAAAGAUCAACAAAUUAGCCAGAUCGCUGACUGGCUUUAAUGGUGCAACAACGGUUACCGUGGGCACGAUAGACCUCGACGUCUACUCCCCACCUGUAAUCAGCUUGCAAACAUUCAUGGUCAUUAAUGAGGUCUCACCCUACAACGGCAUCCUGGGCAGACCAUGGAUUGGCAAGAUCAAUGUCAUCACCUCCGCCACACAUCAGAAAAUUUGGUACCCAAUCCCUGGGGGCGGUGUCGGCCAAAUCAACAGCGAUCAAGCAAUGGCGAGGAAAUGCUCCGCCCAAGGGCUAAAGAAAGGACCAAGCGAGGAGAUCCCUCCAGAGGUCUCUCCAGAAGAAGGAUGGAAACCCGAGGAGGACGUCGAGUUAAUACCCUUGGAUCCUGACCAGCCAGACAGGAAGGCGCGGAUCGGCUCGCGCUUAAGCCCAGAAGAGAAGGUGGAGCUUACCACAUUCCUCCAGAGCAACAAAGACAUGUUCGCAUGGUCGCCAUCAGACAUGCCUGGCAUCGACCCGAACAUAAUCUGUCACCGACUCCACGUCAACCCCGCAUGCAAGCCAGUGGCGCAGAAGAGACGCAACUUCGCACCCGAGCGAGUCGCUAUCAUCGAAGUCGAGAUUGACAAACUCCUAGCUACCGGCUUCAUCGAAGAGGUCUCUUACUCAGAAUGGCUUGCCAACGUUGUCAUUGUGGCAAAACAAGAAAAGAGCGAAUGGAGAGUUUGUGUCGAUUAUACAGACCUCAACAAGGCAUGCCCUAAAAACAACUUUCCAUUGCCGAGAAUCGACCAACUCGUGGAUUCCACUUCUGGCAAUCAGCUGCUCAGCUUCAUGGACGCCUACUCCGGCUAUAACCAAAUCAUGAUGCACGAGGAUGACAAGGCGAAAACUUCUUUCAUCAUCGAAAGAGGGACCUACUGCUACAAGGUCAUGCCCUUUGGGCUGAAGAACGCCGGAGCAACCUAUCAAAGGCUCGUAAAUAAAAUCUUCAAGGAGCAGAUCGGCAAAACUAUGGAGGUCUACGUGGAUGACAUGCUGGUCAAAGCCCCAAAACGUGCAGAUCACAUUGGAAAUCUUGCCGAGUCAUUCAGCUUGCUCCGCCAAUAUCGCAUGAAGUUGAAUCCAAGUAAAUGCACGUUUGGUGUAUCCUCCGGCCGAUUCUUGGGAUACCUAGUCACGCAACGAGGUAUCGAGGCACACCCACGUCAAAUCAAAGCCAUUCUCGAGAUGAAAUCGCCUUCCACGGUGAAAGAAAUACAAAGUCUGACGAGCAGAGCAGCGGCCCUCAACCGAUUCCUCUCGAGAUCAACCGACAAGUGCAGACCAUUCUUCAAAGCUUUGAAGAAAGGACAAAGAGACAAAUGGGAUGAGGAGUGCGAAGUGGCUUUCCAAAAUCUGAAGACUUACCUCACCUCACCUCCCAUGCUCUCAAAGCCAGUCCCUGGUGAGGACUUGUUCGUAUACUUGGCAGUGUCCAACUCAGCUAUCAGUUCAGCUCUCAUCCGAGAAGAGCUGGGGGCCCAACAUCCAGUAUUCUACACGUCAAAAGCUCUCCUCGAUGCAGAGACUCGCUACCCAAAAUUGGAGAAACUUAUUUUGGCUCUUGUAGUUUCUGCGAGAAAGCUGCGACCCUACUACCAAGCUCAUCGAGUCAUCGUCAUGACCGACUUUCCUUUGAGAUCAAUCCUCCACAGCCCUGAUGCUUCUCAGCGACUCAUGAAGUGGGCUAUAGAGCUAAGCCAAUAUGACCUCCUCUACCGGCCAAAAACUGCAAUAAAAGCCCAGGCUUUAGCAGACUUCGUAGCAGAAUUCACCCCAUCGGCCGAAAAAGAGAAGUUGGUCAACCAAAAGAAGGAAAGUUCAAAAGCAGACGGGACCUCCGCAGAACCUAGCCAACCCAAUGACAUGUGGCAGUUGCGCGUAGAUGAAGCGUCAAACCAAAAAGGAGCUGGAGCAGGAGUCGUCAUCAUCACCCCUGAUGGAACCCUAUUGGAGCAAGCUAUUACGCUUGGCUUCCCAGCCUCGAACAACGAGGCAGAAUAUGAGGCAUUGCUUGCCGGCCUACGCUUAGCAAAAGAGCUCGCAAUCAAAAAGCUAGCCAUCUACUCUGACUCACAAUUGAUCACGAAUCAAGCCUCAGGUGAAUACAUGGCGAAGCACCCAAGGAUGAUCCUAUACCUUGACAAAGUCCAAGAGCUGUUGAAGGCAUUUCCCACCUUCACCAUCCAACAAGUGCCCCGGGCAGAGAACGCUCAUGCAGACGCACUGGCAAGCCUAGGAUCAGCGCUGGAUACCCAGUUCAGACGCUCCAUCCCGGUCGAACACCUUGACCGACCAAGCAUAGAAGAAAUAGAGCUAAUCGAUACCAUGCAGAUUGACGAGGACCCUAGUUGGCAAGACCCCAUCAUCGACUAUUUGACAAAUGGAAACCUGCCAACGGACAAGUCCGAAGCUAGAAAGGUCCAGCAGAAGGCCGCGAGAUACUACAUGCACGGCAACAAGCUCAUCCGCAGAUCAUACUCCGGCCCUCAUCUCACCUGCAUAAAGUACCCUCAAACACUUGAGGUUCUCUGCAAAAUUCACGACGGCGAGUGUGGCAACCACUCUGGGGGCAGAUCGCUCGCCCAGAAAGCUCUAAACAUAGGCUACUUCUGGCCUACCAUGCGUCACGACUCCGCUGAAUAUGUCAAGAAGUGUGAUCGCUGUCAGCGAUACAAGCCAAUCCCUAACUUGCCUGCCGAAGUCUAUCAUCCGCAAAACAGUCCAUGGCCGUUUAUGCAAUGGGCCAUCGACCUAGUGGGUCCCCUGCCACCAGCGCCCGCCAAGAAAGAAAUGAUGAUCGUCGCCACCGACUACUUUACUAAAUGGAUCGAGGCCGAAGCUCUAUCCUCUACUAAAGAAGCCGAUAUCACCGCCUUUUUUGCGAAAUACAAGAUCAAGCAACACUUGUCUACCCCGAGGUAUCCACAAGGAAAUGGACAAGCCGAGGCAUCUAACAAAGUCAUAUUAGACUGCUUGAAGAAAAGGCUAGAAGGCGCCGAAGGAAAAUGGGUGGAUGAACUCCCCGGAGUAUUAUGGGCUUAUCGCACCACCAAACGAAGAUCGACUAGUGAGACCCCAUUCUCCCUCGCCUAUGGAACAGAAGCGAUCAUACCACCUCACAUCACUGUCCCCUCCAUAAGUCUGGAAGUGGGCAGUGUUGAUCAAAACUCCGAGCAGAUGAGGCUCAAUCUCAACUUACUUGAGGGCGAGCGUGAGAAAACCAUUAUCCGAGUCGCCUCCUAUCAGCAGCAGUUGAAGUCUUACCACGACAAAAGAGCUAAGAUCAGACGAUUUCAACCAGACGACCUCUUACUAAGAAAGGCUUUCAUUACUGCACCAAGACAAGGGUAA